CGUGACAACACAUAUGUUAGGUACCUGAACAAAUAAACAAUAGGGAAGAGUUAAACCAAAAAAGAGAGCAUUGAGAAAACUAAGAGAUAUCAAACGAAACGGUUGAUAAGUUUGACUACGAAAAAUAAGUGUCUUGCAUGAUAAAAAUCACCUAUACACGGGUUUGGAAGACAAAUCACAAACUCGGAUAAAAUAUCCUCAACAAUUUGAGAAAGAACUAACUCCCUACAAAUCUAUAUAAAAAGUAUACUCGGAAUCGUUUUAAAUUUUUUUUACAGGAAGAAUGUGCAUCUGAAAAUUUUUCAAGGAAAAAAGCUGGGGACUUGAACACAGAGAGGCGGGGCUUGCAAAGGAUCUUCAGGGACGGACUACGCUUCCCCGGAGGCUCUGCGCUGACUGCCCCUGACCUCCCGACAAGCUCCGCGCGCUUUCCGCGCCAGCUUUGGCCAUAGCUAGUGAGCGAUCAAACCGCGGCGGAGGAUGGAGAGCAGCGACGAGGUAGCCGUCCACAAACACCGCAUCCACUUACGCACCGCCACGCUCCGCGACGCCGCCCCCGUCACGCUGCACCUUCUGCCCUGCGAGGUCCCGGUUAACCAGCCCGCCCCCGUGGGGCGCUUCUUCACCCCGGCCAUCCGCCAGGGUCUCGGUGGACUCGAAGUGUCGUUUCGGGGCCGCAAACUACGGGGCGAGGAAGUGUCGGUGCCACCCGGCCUGGUGGGAUACGUGAUGGUGAUGGAAGACAAGCAUGACUUCUCGGAGGGUUCGGAGAAUAACGAAGAGCAAGGGGAACAAGAGCUGGUGGAAUCCCCGGAGGCGCUGGAGCGGGACUUCGACUGCUUUAUCGGAGCCACUGCCAGUUUCAGCCGCUUCACCCUGUGGGGCCUGGAGACCAUCCCUGGCCCGGAUGCCAAAGUGCGCGGUGCCCUAACCUGGCCCAGCCUGGCCGCAGCGAUUCACGCACAGGUGCCUGAAGACUGAGAACCAGAGCUUGAAACUGAAAGCCACUGACCCCUUCACCCCAAUAAACCAGCUCUUCACUUUGAACCCACUGAUCCCAUCACCUCAAUAAACACGCUCUUCACAGCA